AUGAUAAUACCUACAAUUAUACAAGGUAUUUUUUUUGGAAGUAGUGAUUGUGGAUGUCCAACACCACCACCAACAACAACACCACCACCUCCUCCACCACAACAAUUAUGUAUUACCCUUCCAUGUCUUCCUCCACUUCAACUUCCUCAAAUACCAUUACCUCAGUUAUGUCCAUGUGCUCCAGCAGCUCCUUCCUGUGGUUGUUAA